AUGAUGGAACUGAGGAUUCAGCUCAUCCCGACAGGGGAAAUCAUUCUUUCUCCUGGGAAAAAUGGGGAAAACUACUGUCACAACUGCAAGGUGCUGAGUACUGACGGGGUGCGGGCUAUGAUGGAGUCGGCCCUGACAGCAAGAGACAGAGUGGGUGUGCAGGACUUUGUCCUGCUGGAGAACUACACGAGUGAGGCUGCUUUCAUAGAGAACCUUCGCAAACGCUUCAAAGAGAACCUUAUCUAUACUUACAUUGGCUCAGUACUGGUGUCUGUUAACCCAUAUAAAGACUUGGAGAUCUACACCAAAAACCACAUGGAGCGGUACCGUGGAGUCAACUUCUAUGAGGUCUCACCACACAUCUAUGCAGUGGCUGAUAACUCGUACCGUUCUAUGAGGACAGAGAGGAAAGACCAAUGCAUCCUAAUUUCUGGAGAAAGUGGAGCCGGUAAGACGGAAGCUUCAAAAAAGAUUCUUCAAUACUACGCUGUGACCUGUCCAGCUAGUGAGCAAGUGCAGACCAUCAAAGACCGCCUUUUACAGUCUAACCCUGUGCUCGAGGCCUUUGGCAAUGCCAAGACGUUACGUAACGACAAUUCGAGUCGCUUUGGCAAGUACAUGGAUAUCCAGUUUGACUUCAAGGGUGCCCCGGUGGGAGGUCACAUCAUUAAUUACCUGUUGGAGAAGUCGCGUGUGGUUCACCAAAACCACGGCGAGAGGAACUUUCACAUUUUCUAUCAGCUGAUCGAGGGAGGCGAAGAAGACCUGCUCAGGCGCCUCGGCUUGGAGCGAAACACUCAGCAGUAUCAGUACCUGGUCAAAGGUAACUGUCCCAAAGUGAGCUCCAUCAAUGACCGCAGUGAUUGGAAGGUGGUGAAGAAGGCCUUAACUGUGAUUGGCUUUAAUGAAGACGAAGUUGAGGAGCUGUUGAAUAUAAUCGCCAGUGUCCUUCACUUGGGGAAUGUUCAAUAUGGUGGUGAGGACGGCAUCGCCUGCAUCACUUCUGACACACAGAUCAAGUACUUGGCAAGGUUGUUAGGAGUAAAUGUGGCUGUGCUGACGGAGGCACUCACAAACAAAAAGAUAAUCGCCAAGGGAGAGGAGCUGAUCAGCCCACUGAACCUGGAACAGGCAUCCUCUGCUCGAGAUGCUUUGUCGAAGGCAGUGUAUGGACGUACUUUCACAUGGCUUGUCAACAAAAUCAACACUUCACUGGCAUACACGGAUGACUCUUAUAAGCACUACUCUGUUAUUGGGUUGUUGGACAUCUAUGGCUUUGAGGUCUUCCAACACAACAGCUUUGAGCAGUUCUGCAUUAACUACUGUAAUGAGAAGUUGCAACAGCUCUUCAUUGAGCUCACCCUCAAAUCGGAGCAGGAGGAGUACGAAGCUGAGGGCAUCACGUGGGAGCCGGUGCAGUACUUCAACAACAAAAUCAUCUGUGACCUGGUGGAGGAGAAGUUCAAGGGCAUCAUAUCCAUUCUGGAUGAAGAGUGUCUGCGACCCGGAGAUGCUAGUGAUAUGACUUUCCUGGAGAAGCUGGAGGACACUGUGGGAGGUCAUCCUCACUUUGUCACUCACAAGCUUGCUGAUGGAAAGACACGGAAGAUAAUGGGUCGUGAAGAAUUCCGACUGUUGCAUUAUGCUGGAGAGGUCAACUACAAUGUCAAUGGUUUUCUGGACAAGAAUAACGACCUGCUCUUCAGGAACUUAAAAGAGGUUAUGUGCAUGUCUGAGAACAAGAUCCUAAACCAGUGUUUCGAGAGGGACGAGCUGAGUGAUAAGAAACGUCCUGACACGGCAGCGACCCAGUUUAAGGCCAGUCUGGCAAAACUCAUGGAGAUCCUCAUGUCCAAGGAACCGUCAUAUGUUCGCUGCAUCAAGCCCAAUGACUCCAAGCAAGCAAGUCGCUUUGACGAUGUUCUGAUACGUCACCAGGUCAAGUAUCUGGGGUUGAUGGAGAAUUUGAGGGUCAGACGAGCUGGCUUUGCUUACAGGCGGCGCUACGAGGUCUUCCUGCAGAGGUACAAGUCCCUGUGUCCAGAGACUUGGCCUAACUGGCAGGGCAAACUGUCUGAUGGAGUUGCUACAUUGGUCAAGUACCUGGGAUAUAAGCCUGAAGACUACAAGCUGGGCAGAUCAAAAAUUUUCAUCCGUUUCCCAAAGACCUUAUUUUCCACCGAGGAGGCCCUAGAGACCAGGAAACAUAGCCUUGCCACCAAGUUGCAGGCAGGAUGGAGGGGCUACAGCCAAAGGUCCAAGUACCAAAAACUAAGAACUUCAGCUAUUGCCAUUCAGGCAUGGUGGAGGGGAAUCUUAGCCAGGAGGAGAGCCCGACGCAGGCGGCAGGCUGCAGACACCAUUCGCAGGUUUAUCAAAGGCUUCAUUUACCGCCACAAGGAGCGCUGUCCAGAGAAUGAGUAUUUCCUGGAUUACGUGCGCUAUUCCUUCCUCAUGAAGCUGCGCAGAAACCUGCCAAAGAACGUUCUGGACAAAAGCUGGCCGACGCCACCAGCAGCUCUUACAGAGGCUUCAGAACACUUGCGCAAGCUGUGCAUGCAGAACAUGGUGUGGAUCUACUGCAAAAAGAUCAGCCCUGAAUGGAAACACCAGAUGGAGCAAAAGAUGAUUGCAAGCGAAAUAUUCAAGGAGAAGAAGGACAACUAUCCACAAAGUGUGCCGAAGUUGUUUGUCAGCACUAGACUAGAUGGCGAAAACAUAAAUCCCAAAGUCCUGCAGACGCUCGGAAAUGAGAAGUUAAAGUAUGCAGUGCCAGUCACCAAGUACGACAGGAAGGGCUACAAAGCUCGCCCACGCCAGCUGCUACUCACAGCAAACUGUGCCAUUAUUGUAGAGGAUGCCAAGCUCAAGCAACGCAUUAACUAUGAUGUUUUGAAAGGUAUCUCUGUGAGCUCGCUAAGCGAUGGCCUGUUUGUUCUGCACGUGCCCAGUGAUGACAACAAACAGAAGGGAGAUGUGGUUCUACAAAGUGACCACGUGAUUGAGACCUUGACCAAGAUCGCCAUAUGUGCUGACAAAGUAAACAGCAUCAACAUCAAUCAGGGCAGUAUAAAAUUUACAGUGGGUCAAGGAAAAGAAGGGGUCAUUGACUUCACCCCUGGAUCAGAGCUAUUGGUGGCUAAGGCCAAAAAUGGCCACCUAUCUGUGACGGCUCCAAGACUGAACUCCAGAUGA